AUAAACCUACUUGGCCUAAUUUCCCUCUCUUGCCUCGUUUUCGAUUAUUGGAAGGGAAAUCCACUCGUUUUACUUUCGGUUUGAAUAGAGCUUAUAUCACAGUUAUAGGUUGGCAAAGAUAUGAAAAUCUUGUUGGAACAGGAAUACUAAAUUGCGGCAGUUUCAUCCCCGUCUUUUAGUAAUUGUUUACAAAGGACAAACGAUGGCGGGUCAUAGAUCGCCAGGAGGAUACGGGCAUAUGCCGUCAAGUAACAUAAGGCAAGCUUGGUAUGAAACAGACGACCAGUAUAGUCCUACUUCACGACAACGUUACACCAACAACACAAAUGCACGUCAUGGGAGAGAAGCCGGUAGACAGUCGCAAACAACUGAGCAGGAGAUGGACGUUGAUUCUUCCGAUGAUACAAGACGGGAGAAAAUGCCCAUGAAAAACAUUGAAGAACUAUUCUUAAAACUUGAGGGUCUCCCGACUCUUAUCCAGAACUCAAAACAGGAAAUGAGGGAAUGGAAGCAGUUAUUGUCAACAAGGUCUUCUGACGAAACUCUGAAACUGAAAGAAGAGAUUGAAAAGUUGAGAAUGGAAAAUCAGACCCUUAAGAGUCACCACGACCGAAUCUCAAGUAACAGAAACGAUGAGAACGUUAAGGCUCUAGAACAGGAACUACAGAAGGCCAAACAAGAAAAUGAAGAAUACAAAAACGUUAAUUCUAAAGUCAUUCGAAAAUACCAAAAGGCGGAAGAAAAAAUAAAAAGAAUUGAGCAAACAGUGGCUGAAGAUCAGCGUAGCAUAGACAAAAUUACAAGAGAAUGUGAGUCUGUAAAGGAGCAAAUGUCUGCAUUACAAAAUCGAUACCAAGCGGCAUAUGACGAGAAGGUUAAGAUUGGAAAAGAAUUAUCUGAAUCAAAAUCGCGACUAAGUCGGAUGAUGGGUAAUAAGCUUGGAGAUAACAACCCUGAUAUAGCAGAUCUUAGCGAUAAAAAUAGACCAACGAAGCUUGCCGAGAAAAACACAGAGCUGUAUGAUAAUGAGUGGACAGAUGCUUUUGAAGUAUUCCAAACAAAGUAUGCGACGGAAAAAGAAACCAUUGAAAAACUUCUUCAAAUGCUACAGGAUAUAAAAGUCGAAUGUGAUCAAAUUGCCCAGGAGCAAGUACAGAAACUGUCAGAGGCAAUGAAGAUGAAACGAUCAAGAGAGAGACUUCCAGCCCAUACUUUCAAACAAUUGAAAGAUUUCAGAAGAUUUACAGCAGAAGAAUCUCUCCCUGAAGUUAUCGAGAAAUGUUUGAACAAAUUCCGCUUCAAAGAUUAUCGGAAAUUUCUGAGUAAUGAAGGAGUUCUAAAGUUUUUCAAGGGUUGCGUAGAACUUUGCUGGUUUAUGAAUGCGCAAGAUCCUCCCCUUGUUUUUGGAGAUAUACCAAAGACGAAUGAUGAGUUUGAUAGCAAUUACUUCAAGUUUUACACAUCAACUGGAUCGAAGUUUGAGUAUAUGGUAUGGCCUGCUUUACUGUUGAAGAAAGAUGGAGCAAUUCUGAGUAAAGGUGUGGCACAGGCCUUUGGUGAACAAAAAGCGGAGUCGCAAAGACGCAAAACUAGAAAUGCUGAAGCAGAAAGAAAUAACGUGGGAUCUGGCUCUAACAGGCAACACUUUGGUCAGAACAAAGAUUAUUAUCGUUCGGAUGGAGACACUGUUAAAACACACUCAUAUGAUGGUAAUGAUGGAUUCUCUCCUAACCACGAGAGUCAAAAUGUAUAUGACAAAAACUAUGGCAACUCCGGUCAUCUUUCUGAUAAAAAGACUUUUAGCCGUACAGUGUAUAAGCCGGGAAAAUCAACGGCUGCAAACAAUUACUUUGGUAGCUCACAAAGGGAAACUGAAUCGGGCAGUUCUAGAAAGCAGUUGUUAAAGGCUGUAGAUUAUCCAGAUUGGACACAAUACUUGAAAUUUACAGAUAUGAUCCAAAAAUAUGGUAUUGACAGUCCGAAAGUUGUUGCGGAUAUGGGAAGAGACUAUGCAAGUUGUAAGGACUAUUACAUAUACGUACACGGAAUGAAAUCGACAGAAUCUGAUGUUUAAUGAAUUAAAAGCACCUAUACAAUUUCUUGGUCAGUUUUGAGUAUGCAGUCCAAUUUCCUAUUUUGCCAAAUGUUUUAGUGUAGUACUUGUUCGAUUAUUGUUUUCAAAGUUUUUGAAGUUUGGUCGGAUCCAACAUAUAGGACCGAAAUUGUUUGUCUCCGAAUAACGUGUUACUUCAAUGACUUAAAAUAACUGAUAUCUUACGUUCCAAGUGAAAAAUUUUCUACAUUUAUAUGUUUUUGGUUUAUUGAUUGGUGAUCGACACAUAUGUACAGUGUACACUACGUAAUCAGAACACUCUGUUAUCAAACUGGUUUCCAAAUUAACGAAGUCUUAUAGAAAAAUAUAUGGCUUCUUGGAGUUAUGGAGGUAUGGUGUAAAACAGGAUCAUUGUAUUGUUGGUUUUUAAACAGAUAUUUACAAGAAUGGAAAGUGGAAAGCUAGUAUAAAUUCUAAUGAGGUGUUAUUUUGUAUAAAUCGUUAAAGGACAGUUUUGGAAUGACACCUUGUUUAGAAACAACUGUAUCAAGAAGUCAAAGAAUGGUUUAAACUACACUGUGUAUUUCAGCUCAUAAUCUUAGAUAAUGUACAGGUAUGUACAUGUAAAUAUUCACGUGAAAGAGUUAUAUUAGAUGAUUUGCAAUACAAAAUUUAUAAAGUGAGGAUGAGUUCCAUUUUUUUCUCUUUAAGUGCCCUGCAUAAUUAAUAUUAUUAAUAUGAACAUUUGUGAAAAACAUAUGUUGAGAAUUAUUAUAGAAAUUUACCAAGUAUGUAUAAGUUUUGUAGAGAUAUAAAUAAAGAAACAAAUUUCUGAUAUGAUUUGUGAAUAAAGGAAGCUUUCAAAUAACGAUACCCGAUUAUUAAUAUUUCGAUUAUAACAGCACGUUAUCCAAUAUCUUGCCUUUACAAUUUAAUAUUUUGAUGGUAAUAAAAAUUUAGUACAAUACGAGGGAUGAUCCAGACUUUGUUUAU